AUGACUCAUAAGGGAUUUAUCUGAAUUAAUUUUGUAAAAAAUAUUAUAAAGCAAUUAAAAAUCUCAGGGAAAGUCGAAAGACCAUAUACAGGAUUAAGCUUUACCCAGGCUGCUUUAGGCUUAGCAGUUAUAAAAGUGCAGCCUGGUAGCCCAACUGAAAAAGUAGGAAUCAGAAUAGCAAUAUUAUGAUGGUGGCUGAUGGAAAAGAACUAA